UUGUCCUUAGCAAGGACAAUGUCCUUAGUGUUUUAUAGACAACAUUUUCAUAUGCAAGUUAUUAAAAGUUUGAAAAGCUAAAACACUUGUUGAUUUACAUUUUAAUGUUAAUUUACUUAACCAUCUAUUAAACGUAUCCUAGUAAAUCUAUACUCGAACUUAAAUACAUAUUUUGUGCAUAACGACAAGUUUUUUACGCAAGUUACUGCCCUUUUAAAAACAUUAUUACAUCAUUUUCCUGGGACGGAAACAUGAAGCGUAAAGUCGAUGUUUUGCGACAACCGUAGACUUGUAAGUACAGAGCAACAACCACACAUGUCGUGGCAUAUUGCUUGAGUCGAUCCUCAUGCAGUGAAGAUCUGCUACUGAGAGCAUCUCAAUGUUCAUGCGGCUUUCCAAGCGAGUAGCUACACACGUGUUGUACUGUCUUACAGCUCCAAAAUAUAAAACUAUUGUCUACAGACUCAAGCAGCAUUAAGACAUCCAAGUCUGAACUCUUGAAUCUGACAGCCACUUGUACCUCAUGAGUUUUAUGGAAUACUCCGAGUUCAUCCAAGAAGGGGACGUUGUCAUCAUCUUUCUGGGUCAUGACUCCAUGAUGCCUGUCAAAGUUCAGUCUGGGGCUCAGACGCAGACCCGCUAUGGGGUCAUCCGCCAUUCCAGUGAUCUGAUUGGGCAACGAUUUGGUUCCAAGGUGACAUGCAGUAAGGGUGGAUGGGUUUACGUGCUACACCCUACACCAGAGCUGUGGACUGUAAACCUUCCCCACCGAACACAGAUCCUCUACACCACAGACAUAGCCAAUAUCACACUGAUGCUGGAGCUCAAACCGGGCUCUGUCGUCUGUGAGUCAGGUACAGGCAGCGGCUCUCUGUCUCAUGCUAUUCUGCGGACCAUCGCUCCCACCGGCCACCUGCACACGGUCGAGUUCCACGCUCAGCGGGCCGAGAAGGCCAUCGAGGAGUUCAGGGAGCACAAGGUGUCUCACCUGGUUACCGUUAGAAACCAGGAUGUGUGCAAGGAGGGCUUUGGCGUCACGGGUGUAGCCGAUGCCGUCUUUUUAGACAUCCCGUCUCCAUGGGAGGCAAUCCCACAUGCCAAGAGGGCCAUGAAACGCAAGGGAGGACGUCUGUGUUCCUUCUCGCCGUGUAUAGAGCAGGUCCAGAGGACUUGCGAGGCAUUAUUGGACCAUGGUUUUGAGGAGAUCUGCACGUUGGAGGUUCUGCUACGGGUGCAUGAUGUUCGUACUGUCACUCUAUCCCUGCCAGACUUUGGCCCAGAAGAGGGCUCGACAGACAGCACCCAGAAGGAGGAGGUCCCAAACACUGGAAAUGCCUCUGUGGUCUGCAAAACUGCCACACCUCCAAGAGAAAUGGCAGGGCACACUGGAUACCUCACUUUUGCUACCAAACCACGGGACUAAAGGGUUAGAUCCAAACAGGUCACUUCAGGAUUUAAUUUUGAGUUCUUAUUGGAGACACUUGUAAACUGCUGGGGUUUAAGAGUAUGAGAACUACAGUCUAUGUGACUGUUUUGAAUAAAUUAAUUUCUCAACACAUAUUUUACCAUAUUGUUUAAAAACUCUAGUGCAAUACAGCAUCUUCUUUUUCAUCAUUAGUAUGUUUAAUUCUUCAAAGAACAGGGGACUGUACAUUAUUUGUUCUGAACGUGCAAAUUUUGUUUUAUCACAAUAAAUGAAAACCAUUGGAAAACAAUACCACUUGGGUUUUCAUCUCUAUGCAUCCACUACGCAAAUAUCUGACCUCUAAAAGGACACAAGAUUGUGGAAAUGUACUGUGUGCUCAGUAUGACGUCUGUCGACUUGUCUUGAUAACAUUUGUGCUUGUGUAGCGUGUAUGAAAUUAUGAAAGUUUUGUUGGUUUGAUUCUGAGGUCAUUCAUGUGCUACACAAGCUAUCAACAUUACCUUGAUUUCAGACAUCUAAUGGUUUGAAUUCAAGGUUGUUACUGGCUGUUCUGUGUUUGUGUGUGUUAUGUUUUUACUUGUGGAAUGUGAGAUACAGAAGAAUAGAACUAGAUGUGCCAAUAUAUCAUAAAGGGUGUAUCUGCGAGUCGAUGCUUGGAGCUGUUUUCGUAUCCCCCACCCCCCGAUCCACAGUUAUGAUUCGUGAUUCCAUAAAAGGCUGCUUUCCAUAAAGUGCUCUCAUGCUUUUACAAAUAUUAUUUGCUCUUUAGUCUUUAAUCCAUCAUACAAGACAAUAUAGGCUAAAGAAUGCAAUCAUACUACUUAUAAAGUAUUGUGCAUUACAUACUCAUAACAUAUAAUUCAGACUAUAAAGUAUAUAACAAAAUCGAAUGUGGAAGUGUUUUCAUGUGUUUUUUGCAUGAUUAUUACAUUGCAUGUUUAUUUUAUCAAGUCACUUCCAUAUAUAAUUUCUUAUUUUUUGCCAUAAUGUCAUGACCUAAUGUUCAAUUGAAAGUUGAUAUGAACAUUUUUGGUUGAUAAUUGCUGAUAAAAAUGACAUACUGUGCACUGCAUGCAAUUCUGAACUCAGCCACAGUCUACACUCUGUAAGAGCUCUGUAUUUUGUUAUUCCCCUAAAUGUGCUGUUACUGAAAGGAAUUGUGGUUAUGCAAUGUUUCAACUUGUGUAAAGAAGUCACUCGUGUGAUGAUUUAUUGCAUCCAUAUGUGGGGUGGAGAGUUGAUGCUGUAACUGUAGCUCAGUUUGUAUUAGCAUUGUGUUAGCAGCACACAAGGUCAUGGGUUCGGUUUCAAAGGAACACACAUACUGAUAAAAUAUGUUCCUUUUAUGCACUGUAAGUUGCUUUGUAUAAAAGCGUAUUCCAAAUGCAUAAAUGUAACGCUGGGUCUGGGUGGCAUGUGUUAUUUUCAAGACAUCUGUUUCCUGUUAACGUACCAUAUACAGUAAGAAUGAGAACACACCUCUUCAGGGCUGUGUCUAAACAAGAGCACAAUCCUUUGGAAUAGCAGCUUUUAGCCCCUACAAAUCCUCACACACGACUUUAAUCUGUUUGUUGGCACGACUUUGGGUUCAUGUUCUCAAACACAAUGCAGGUACUGAUGUGGUGGGUUGUCAGCUUGACAUAUGGGUGCAAUGGUAGAGCAAAGUGCAGAAAAUUUUAAGGAAUGUACAGACAUUAUAAUAUAAUUUUUGAUCAAUCCUAAAGCACACACAAAAUAAAAAUCAAAUCUAGUAUAAUUUUUCCGAAUUGUAGUUUAUGUACUUGGCAUUAAUCUUUUUGCUAAUUGAAUAAAAGU